AUGAACUACUUGAACCACUUUGAGCGUCGCAAUGACGCUCUGCGCACCAACCCCAACCUUGUCAAUGGCAAGAGCGCUGACAUUGCUAUUACCACCCGCGGCUCCGACUGGUAUUGGACCGUCACUGCUAUCAUGGCUCUGACCACCUUCAUCUUCACUGGCCUGGCCCUCACUAAGCCUCGCCAGCACCGCAUUUUCCACUAUAUCACCGCAGCCGUCACUCUGACCGCUGCUGUUGCCUACUUCUCCAUGGCCUCGAAUCUCGGUUGGACUCCCAUUGACGUUCAGUUCCGCCGCGGCGACCACAGAGUCCGCGGCGUCAAUCGCGAAAUCUUCUAUGUCCGCUACAUUGACUGGUUUAUUACCACUCCUCUUUUGCUCAUGGACCUUCUCCUCACUGCUGGAAUGCCCUGGCCCACGCUUCUCUGGGUUAUUUUUGUCGAUUGGGUCAUGAUUGUCACUGGUCUCGUUGGCGCGCUCGUCAGGAGUUCUUACAAGUGGGGCUAUUUUGCGUUUGGCUGCGCCUCCCUUGUUUACAUUGUUUAUCAGCUCGCCUGGGAAGCCCGCAUCCAUGCUAAUCGCCUCGGUACCGACGUUGGCCGCGUCUUCCUCAUGUGUGGCUCGCUCACCACCCUCCUCUGGAUCUGCUACCCCAUUGCUUGGGGUGUCUGCGAGGGAGGCAACAUCAUCGCUCCCGACUCUGAGGCUGUCUUCUAUGGAAUUCUCGAUAUUCUCGCCAAGCCUGUCUUUGGCGCUUUGCUGAUCUUCGGUCACCGCAACAUCGACCCUGCACGCCUUGGUCUCCGCAUUCGUGACUACGACGAGGAUCCUGCUGUCACUGGUGGCAUGGUCGGUCAUGAGAAGAAGAGCACCACCAACGGCCAAACCAAUGCUGCCACCAAUGGCGCCACCAAUGGCGCCAACCCCUCCAACGCCGCCAACGCCGAGUCUACCCCGGCUACUACUGUCUAA